UAGAGGACCUCGCAGGAAUGCAUCCUUACAGGAGCACGGUGGAGAACGAGCAGCAGGUCGUUGUCCAUAGCAACAUGACGCCCUGCGUGACAGCACAGUACGACAUUUGCGACGCUCCGCCCAACCUUAGAAUAUUCAACGAUUUCAGGUCGGACGGGAAAGAUGGACUGAAGUUCUACUCUAAUCCAGACUUCUUCUUUGAGCUUUGGAAAGAGGAGAUUCUACGUGAUGCUGCCAAAGUGAAACAGGAGAGGGUGAAGAAACCCAAUCAACCAGGAACAAAACAGCAGCGAAAGGGACCAAGGAGAGUGAAGGACCACAGAGCUAAGUUUCACGAGAAAGCCAUGGAGACAGAAUUCAUCAAAAGGAAAGAGGCUAGACGGAGCAGCAGCGCACGCACGGAAGCCAAGAAACAUUCGGAUGCUGUCAGCGAUGGUACAUCGCCACCGGAUGACACCAGCAAACACGAUAGCAAGGUCACUGAGACGGCAGAGAACGCGCAGAAACGUAAACACGACGAAAAACGAGCAGAUCACGUUGAUGGCAGCUCAACGUUGGAUGACGACCGCCCUCCAACCCCUCCCCCUCCAUAUGAUCCCACAACACCACCAUUAACUGCAAAAGGGAACAGGAAAGGCAGUCGACCCCUCAUAAGCCAGUCUGUCGCCAGAAAACUUAGCAGACGGUCUGAAAGAACAAGCCGACCAUCGCUGCCUCCCCCACCCCCUCCACCAGGUUCUACAAAGAGGCAGACAAUGGACUUCCCUCCUCCCCCACCUCCUGAUCAGCUGAUUGAUGAUGCGUUUGAAGACCUCCCACCGCCUCCCCCUGGCAGCAUGUUUGAAGACCUCCCACCGCCUCCCCCUGGCAGCGUGCUUGAGAUGGACCACGUACUGCCUGCCACAACGGCAGCGCUACCAAUGCUGAACAGCAGCAAGACAGGAGGACCCGCACCACCCCCUGCCCCACCCUCAGCACCGACCCCGCCCGUGGCGCCCGCCCCACCAGCGCCUCCCCAACAGGGAUCGUUCGCAAGCACGGUCGACAGUUCCCAAACGCGCCGGUCACUGAGGAAAGCCAGUCGAUCACACGUGCCACCAGUAAUAGAUGCGAGAGGGGAUCUGCUGAACUCCAUUAUUAAAGGAAUCAAGUUGAAGAAGGUGGAGGAGAAAAAGGAGAAUGAGAAGAAACUGCAAUCGUGUGCCGACGUCGCUUCUAUCCUAGCGAGAAGGAUUGCUGUCGAGUAUUCCGACUCAGACGAUGACGACAUGGAAACAGGCAGCGAUGGUAGUGAGUGGGAGGACGAUGAUUAUUAGUGAAGCGCCCCCUGGUAACACAUGCAUGGUCUACUUCAUGCAGACGACUUCUACUGCUGCAUUAUUGAAAUAUAAAGAGCAUGAUACGAUCAGGAGUGUCAUAAUAUAGACAGUGCCAUAUGAAAGUGUCAUAAUCUAUAUUAUGACAAUCAUGAUAUGAUAUAUGAUAUGAGUGACUAGAGACAGAUUCCGCCACGUUGGCGCUGGUGAUGCUGCUAGGAUUAGUGUUUCUAUUAUCCUUUCAUCGUCAUCAGUACCUUCCUUAAAAAGUGGCACAUACAUUAUUGAAGUUUGCCAGUAAAUAUCUCUUACACACGACGAAUGAAAUAAAUUAAUUGCCGCUGCUAUUAGAGAGUAUUGAAGCCAAACAGCUGGCUAAUGAAGCGAAAAUUCGUUGCAUGAAUUUGUGGUGCUAUAUGGCAGCUUUUUAGGAUUUGUGAAAACGUUUCUAAAAUAUGCAAGUGUUAUUUGUAGUACUGUAGUUAUACGUGAGAACGUACUGAUGGUGUGAAAUACCAUAAAACAAACGCAGGAUGAAUAACGUGGUUCAUAGCAAAGUGCAUCACUGCACAGGUUUAUUUACUAACAACAGGUUUGACAUUAGAGCAUUUAUAAUGCAUGUCAUAUUUCCAAAUACUAUUUACAUUCCUACACGAGACAGAGCAACGAUAAGCCUAUUAUUAUGUUCACACUGAAGUAGUUAUAACUCUACAUAAAAGCUUGUACAUGUAUAUAUAUAUAUAUAUUUCGGCGCGGGAUGCAACGUGAUUCUCGGAUGAAGUGAGUGCUGGUGUGUGCGUGCGUGCGUGCGCUCUUGCGUCGUUGCAUUUGUGCGUGGGGCUUAUGAAGUUUUGAAAGGCUUCAUUGCAUAAUUAUUUGCUUCACAGCAUAGUCUUUCUACGACCUUUUGUCAUCAAUGCCUUUCGUCAUCAAAUUGGCAGGGCUGAUAUUAGUUUGCAGACAAAUAUAUCAAGCACAUAACCAAGUAAAUAAAUGCAGUUUUGCAUCGAUGUUAAAGA